AUGACCGCCCAGAUCCUGGCCUCGACGACCGCGCCCGCGCCCGCGCCCCCGCCUGCAACAGCACCCACGGCGCCCGCCCGGCCCAGCAAGCGCAGGAUGGACCGGCCGCCCGAGCUCUUCCUCAUAACCGACCAGGACGGCGCGUACGAGGACGACAUCCAGCGCAACCCCGGCAGCGUCAAGCCGUGGCUCGACUACUUCGCCUUCAAGCGCGCGCGCGGCAGCCUCGUCGAGCAGGCCUUCGUCCUCGAGCGCGCCGUCACCAGCCUGCCGCGGUCCUACAAGCUGUGGAAGCUGUACCUCGACCUGCGCACCCGCCACCUCGCCCACAGGAACCCCGCCAAGUUCGCCCCGCACUUCCUCAAGGUCAAUUCCCUCUUCGAGCGCGCCCUCGUCCUGCUCAACAAGAUGCCGCGCAUCUGGGAGCUCUACCUCGCCUUCCUCAUGCAGCAGCCCCUCGUCACCACCACCCGCCGCACCUUCGACCGCGCCCUCCGCGCCCUGCCCCUGACCCAGCACAGCCGCAUCUGGGCCCUCUACCGCCCCUUUGCCGCCUCCGCCUCGGGCGAGACCGCCGUCUCCAUCUGGCGCCGCUACAUGCAGAUCCACCCCGAGCACGCCGAGGACUUCAUCGAGCUGCUCAAGGACAUGCGCAAGUACACCGACGCCGUCACCCAGUACAUGCACAUCCUCAACAACCCGCGCUUCAAGAGCAAGCACGCAAAGGCGCCCUUCCACUUCUGGUCCGAGAUGAUGGACCUCAUCAUCGACCACGCCGCCGACAUCGACACCUCCGACGACAGCGGCAUCGACGUCGAGAAAAUCACCCACAGCGGCAUCGCAAAGUUCCCCGACCAGCGCGGCAUCCUGUGGGUCGGCCUGGCCCGCUACUGGAUGCACAAGGCCGAGUACGAAAAGGCCCGCGACGUCUUCGAGCGCGCCAUCACCACCGUCAUGACCGUCCGCGACUUCUCCCUCGUCUUCGACACGUACGUCGAGGCCGAAGAGGCCAUGAUUGGCCUCAAGCUGAACGACGCCGCCGCCCGCUCCGAGAUGCGCACCCCCGACCCCGCCGCCGACGCCGAUCUCGACAUCCGCAUCGUCCGCUUCGAGUCGCUGAUGCAGCGCCGACCCUUCCUGCUCAACGAUGUCCUCUUGCGCCAGAACCCGCACAACGUCAUCGAGUGGGAGAAGCGCGUCGCCCUCUGGGGAGACAACAAGAAAGAGGUCGUCCACACCUACACAGACGCCAUCGCUGCCAUCCACCCCAAAAAGGCAGUCGGCAAGUUCCACGAGCUCUGGGCCAACUACGCAAGGUUCUACGAAGCCGUCGGCAGCCUCCACAACGCCCGUGCCAUUAUGGAAAAGGCCGUCAAGGUCCCCUUCAAGUCCGUCGCCGAGCUGGCCGAGAUGUGGUGCGAGUGGGCCGAGAUGGAGCUGCGCAACCAAAACUUCGACAAGGCGGUCGACAUCAUGGCCAAGGCGACCCAGGCGCCCAAGCGAUCCAACGUCGACUACUUUGACGAGUCGCUGACCCCGCAGCAGCGUGUGCACAAGAGCUGGAAACUGUGGAGCUUCUACGUCGACCUCGUCGAGAGCGUCAGCACCCUGGACGAGACAAAGAAGGUGUACGAGAGGAUCUUCGAGCUCCGCAUCGCCACCCCGCAGACGGUCGUCAACUACGCCAACCUGCUCGAGGAGAACCAGUACUUUGAAGACAGCUUCAAGGUCUACGAGCGCGGCCUCGACCUCUUCAGCUACCCAGUCGCCUUUGAGAUCUGGAACCUGUACCUCACAAAAGCCGUGGACCGCAAGAUCGGCAUGGAGCGCUUGCGCGACCUCUUCGAGCAGGCCGUUGAAGGCUGCCCGCCCAAGUUCGCCAAGGUCCUGUACCUCAUGUACGGCGCCCUGGAGGAAGACCGCGGCCUCGCACGCCACGCCAUGCGCAUCUACGAGCGCGCCACCCGCGCCGUCGCCGACGAGGACCGCAUGGACAUGUUCAAUUUCUACAUCACCAAAUCCGCCUCCAACUUCGGUCUCACCUCCACCCGGCCCAUCUACGAGCGCGCCAUCGCCGCGCUCCCAGACGGCGAGGCCAAGGAGAUGUGUCUCAAGUUCGCCGAGAUGGAGAGGCGGCUGGGUGAGAUUGACCGCGCGCGAGCCAUCUACGGCCACGCCUCACAGUUCUGCGAUCCCAGGACGAGCCCCGAGUUCUGGAAGAAGUGGGAGGGUUUCGAAGUCUCGCACGGAAACGAAGACACCUACAAGGAGAUGCUGCGCAUCAAGCGGAGCGUCCAAGCACAGUACAACACGGACGUCAACUUCAUCGCCUCCCAAGCCAUUGCGCGCGGCCAGGCCAACGGCAACACAGAAGCCGGUGCAGAAAACGACGCAGCCGCCGGCGAAGACGCCAUGGCAGCGCUGGAGCGCCAGGCUCGCGCUCCCGCUGGCUUCGUCGCCGCGACCACGGGCCUGAAGGGCAACAUUGCACCCACGGAACACGCCGCCGCGAAUCCGGACGCGAUCGAUCUCGACGACGAUCUAUAG